AUAGCCACAGUACAGAUCUCUCUUUCUUCUCCUCUCCUCCAUUUUCGCCAUUGGAGGAACACAUAGAGAAGAAGAGAGGAGAGAAUUCAAAUUACCCGUUGUUCAUUCACCUCUUCUUUCUUCUUUUCCUCAGAAUUUUCUUCCUUUAAUAUCAGUGUUUCAGAACGAGAAAGGCGGUUACUUUCUUUGAACUUUGAAGCUAAAGACUAAAAUGGCUGAACACAGUUCACCAGUUCUUGGCAACAAAGAUAUUAUUUUUAUCGGUUCUGGUAUAAAGAUCGAAUGUUGUUUUUCACAGAAAAAAGUUUCUUUCAAACCACGAGGGUGUUUUGCAAGUGUUAACCAAGCUGGGAUGGGGUUUGUUAUCUCACCAAAACCUCCUAUUCCUCUUGAGAGCACUGCAAAGCUUCAUUAUGCAAGUCUCCAUGCACAAUUUGUUCCACAUCUGGUGUUGGAUUAUGAACUUGAAAUUGCUGAGAGGUUGGUGGAGGAAAGGAAGGAGAAGAAGAAGAAGAAUAAGAGUGGGUUUAAGUUGAGGAUUAAGGUUGAGAAUGAGUCAUUAAGGCGGCUACUGAGUGGAGCAGUUGCCGGUGCGGUUUCAAGGACUGCUGUGGCACCAUUGGAGACCAUAAAAACGCAUUUGAUGGUGGGGAAUUCUGGGAAUUCUAUGGCAGAAGUGUUUGAUAAGAUCACCAUGACCGAGGGAUGGAAAGGCUUGUUUAGAGGCAAUUUUGUCAAUGUCAUUCGAGUGGCUCCGAGCAAGGCUAUUGAGUUAUUCGCAUACGAGACGGUUAAAAAAAGGUUGACACCUGAACGUGGGGAACAGCCGAAACUCCCUCUUCCUGCAUCAUUCAUUGCUGGUGCCGCUGGCGGAGUUUGCUCGACUUUGUUGACAUACCCUCUGGAGUUGCUGAAAACUCGUUUAACCGUCAAUGAAGAUUACAAGAAUCUACUCGACGCCAUCGUAAAAGUCGUUCAAGCGGAAGGCACUGGAGGACUAUACAGAGGCCUUAUUCCGAGUCUGAUCGGAGUGGUUCCGUAUGCUGCCUCUAAUUAUUUUGCUUAUGAUACAUUAAGGAACGCAUAUAAGAAAGCUUUUAAGAACGAGGAAAUUGGGAAUGUUAUGACCCUCUUAAUAGGAUCAGCAGCCGGUGCAAUCUCGAGUACCGCAACUUUCCCGCUCGAGGUAGCUCGGAAGCAGAUGCAGGCCGGCGCUAUUAACGGAAGACAUUGCCGCAACAUGAUCGAAGCUUUGACGAGCAUAGUCGAGAAAGAGGGAAUCGCGGGGCUUUAUAGAGGCUUGGGUCCAAGCUGUAUGAAACUGGUCCCUGCAGCUGGGAUUUCAUUCAUGUGCUAUGAGGCAUGCAAGAGGAUAUUAGCAGAGGAGAAAGAAGAAACUCCAUGAUCGAUAUGCUCAAAAAGUCGGAAUCCUUCGAACAAGGGGGUCAGUACUUUUAGAUUUUUAGCAUCUUGUGGUGCAAUUAUAUCUAUAUACAUACAUAUACAUAC